CGGGGCUAAACUUAGUUCCUUAGGCUUCAGAUUUCACAGUACCGUCAGAGGCACACUAACUCAGUCCUUCACUGGAUUUAACUCAGAGCCUUUUGCUUUGUGGACGUUGGAAGGUAACUUAAUUAUAACCUUUAAGUGAUUUAACUGAGACUUUUCCCUACCGUUCUGGAGUCAAGUGUUCAUGUCGUUGAAUGGAGUGACUCUGAGAUGAACCAUCAGGGCUGUGACCGCACCCCCCAACCAGGAUGCUGAGAACACAUCAGUCCAGAUGUCGGGAUUUGCCGUGCGUCGCGGAUCGGUCGGCUCAAUCAAGGCUCUGUGGGAGGGGAGGAUCCUAAAGAAUCAAGAGGAGAUUCAGAGACCAAAGCCUAAGGACCAAGACGGCCUAAAUAGACUGAGUGACGUUUGGGAGAAUCGCAUCGUUUUGGCCAAACUGAAAGAGAAGUUGGUCAACGAGGACGGACGUCUCAUCUUCAGGCUGGAGAAAGAAGAAUGGAAGACUUUACCUCAAGCAUUAGUACAUCUCACUCAAGUUCAGGAAUGGCAGAUCCACAGAACAGGACUGCAGAGCAUUCCUAAUUUCAUCUGCAGAUUUGAACAUGUGGUUGUGCUUGACCUGUCCCGCAAUGCCAUCAACGUGAUUCCAAGAGAGAUUGGUGAGAUGAGGCGCUUACGCGAGUUGCUGCUAAGUUACAACCAACUAAAAGACAUUCCUGAGGAACUUGGUCGUUGUGAAAAUCUGGAGAGACUGGAGUUGGCGAUGAAUGGAAACCUCAGUGAUUUGCCCUCCGAGCUCAGCCAACUAAAGAAGCUCUGCUACCUGGACCUGUCCAUGAACCGCUUCCUGAGCCUCCCCGAGUGCGUGGUGGGCCUGGCCGGGCUGCAGUGGCUGGACAUGGGAGGGAACCACCUGCAGGGUUUACCUGCAGAUAUCCACAGAAUGGGGAACCUUCACACCCUGUGGCUGCAGAGGAAUGAACUGAAAGAGCUCCCUGAGAAUCUGAGUCUCCUGCAGAGUCUGGAGACGCUGGUCCUCAGCAACAACAGACUGAGAGACAUCCCUGCCCAGAUGGAAGGAAUGGCAAACCUGAGAUUUGUGAACUUUCGGGACAAUCCCCUCACAUUGGAUGUGGUGCUCUUUAACAAGACCCAGCAAGAGGAGGGAGAAGACGAAGACAGAGAGAUGUUUGGGCUUGAUUUCAUGCACAUGUACAUCCAGGAAGCCCGCAGGAGAGACAUGAUGUCCACGUGACUCUAAAGCCAGUAUCCCAAUGUUACCUUCACUUAAGACGUAUUCCUGCUCCGGUUUACGUCAGUAGUUUACGGAUAGCUUUGAUGUUCUAAUAAUAUUAAAAAGUAAAAUGAAUAUGAAUAAUAAAAUAAGUUCUCUAUUAAAAUGUUAUAUUAUUAUGGUAUCAAACUGAAAGCUAACAGGAAUACCAUAGCAAGAAGUUUAUCAACCUUCUCCUUUGCUGAAUUGCUUUUGUCAAAAAGUUACAAAGAAAUCGUUUAUACCAGACUCCAAAUCAACAAAAAAUGUUUAUAAAACGCUUUGUUAAAAAAAAAAAAGAAGCUCAUCUCAAAUAGCUCAAAGGUAAAAUGAAUGUUGUCAUCUCAACACUGACACAGGAACCGUUGGUAAUGUACAAAGUAAGGCUCCACUAGAGAUGUCAUUCUCUGGAGGCUCCCCUGGUACUCUCCUCGUCGUCAGCGGGCUGAGGGGGCACGGCGGUCAGCAGGAC